CAGUCAGGCCAUGUGAAAGUGACAGUGUCUGGUUCUCUAAGGCUCAUAUCACACCCAUUUUCCAUUCCUAGGGAAGAACAAGGAAAAGUGACAGUGAUGACCAAAGUACACAAUGACACCAAUGUAGCAGUAAGUGAUAAGGGAAUGAAAGGAGUAGCUCAGAGCUCAUCAACCUCUAAUUGAUGAGCCUGUAGGAAAGAGUAGCUGUGGCUGUGAAUUGGCUCAGGCUGAGCUUUGUCAGUGGCAAAGGGUUAGAGAUGAUGAGAGAGGACAUGGAAGUCCCAGGGAAGGACUGUUGCAGCAAGUGCUGUGUCUCUGGGAUCAACAAGGAUGGUUGCAGGUUUUUGUCUCAGCACAAGUGCUCGGAAGAAUAUUCAUCUCCUUGAACAUGCCUUAACAACGUGUUUUCUCUGCCCUGAAGCCCGAGAAUGCAUAAUCUUCGAAGGAGAUCGUAGAAGGAUAAGCUUUUACCUGGAAUAUCUGUGAAAACCUCUUAACCGUCCACUGGUUUAGACAGCUCCUUCUAAACCAUGGAGCAGUGCAACAUCUGCAUGAGAAUGUCCCUCUUACACCCAUUAUCGAUACCUGCAUCAUUCUUCACGUAAUUCCAGAUGGUUUUCUGUGACAAACCCAUUUUAGGCCAUGCCAAAAUGACCACUAUGAGAUCACACUAGAGUUGAUAUGGAAAAGAGGAUGGGAGUGAGGGACCUGGGAGUGAGGCAUUUGUCCCAGGCAGAGGUAGAAGGGCAGGGCAGAAGGGGCACAGACACACGAGUCCCCUGUUCCCAGAGGAAAUUGCAAUGAGCCCAGACAGCUGAGAAAGCUCAGUGGGGAAGAAGCCGCUGAGCUCGCCAAUGGGCAGCACGGGGUGUGCAGCAGAGCUGGCGAUUGCAGCUGCGGAGGUGAGGAGUGCAGUGCGAGCUGAGCGGGAAGAGCCCCUUGCCAUGGCUGAGGCCGCAGAGGCACGGAAUGCUCCGAAUGCCAGUGGCUGAGGGAGCCACGGCGGCUGCUGCUGGACGAGCGAGAAACGCAGCAGGAGCAUUUCAGGCACGGCAAGGACAGGCCAUUGCUCUGCCUGCUGCCGCUGCUGCUCCCGCUGCUCCCGCACACAGUCGUUUCCGGCACCUCUGUUCUCUCGCCGCUGCGACGUGCUUUCUGCCUCUUCCUCACUCAGCAAACACGCAGCUUGCUCUCGCCAUGCACCUCGCACAUCUCAUCCUCACCGUCUUCCUGGCACAGCUCCUCGUGGCUUCAGGCAGAGCCCAGGUACAGCAGGAGCCAUUCCUGGAAACCACCGAGGGCACUGGUAUCAACAUCAGCUGCUCACACCCCGGAAAACGGAGCGGCGAUUUUAUCCAUUUUUACCGUCAGCACCAGGGGCAAAGUCCCGAAUUCCUCGCACUCACUGCUAAAGCAUCCAAGGAUGUGCCGGCCAUAGCAGGAAAGCUGUCGGUGUCGGAGGACGGGCAGAGUAGCGCGCUGUGGCUCGGGCAACCCCGGCGCGGGGACGCGGCCGUGUAUUACUGCGCGCUGGUGGCACGGGUAGAGGAGCCGGGGCUGCGGCCGGGCACGAACCGGGGCGGGCGGGGCCCGCAGGGGCCGGGGGCACAGCGCCGCCCGCGGCCAGCAGGGGGCGCUGCCGCUCCGCCCGCUGUGCCUCCUCGUCCCGCUCGUCCCGGGCCAGCAGGUGGUGACACCGACCCCAGGACCGGAACUGACACCGACACAGACACGGGCAACGGCAUCGGAACCAGCAGCUCCAACUCGGAGUUGUUGACCACCCUCAGCUCCUCUUCUAAGUGA